ACCACUUUUCGCCGAUGUUGCUUCCAAACCCCGGAUGUGCAAUGCAAGAUAGAUACGACUAGGGCACAGUCUCUCCAUUUAAUUAUAUUCCAAACCCCUCAACAAGUCUCGCGGCUGGAAAUGGCGGUGUCCGUGUCUGUCAGCGGGAUGCAGGACGGAUGAGUUUCAGUCUCAGGCGGAUAUGAGAGUCAGGGUGUAUCCGCGAUCCAGGAAGGGUAUAUAAGGCCCUCCCAUACCACUUGAUUUGUAGGAUAUCCACCCAACACAGGUAGAAUCCCCUUCGCCGUUUACGACUCGCACGACACCUUCACGCCUUUCUUAACGACCUCUGCAUCCACCCGCCAGCACUCUGCAACAAAUAUCACACGAUGCUGUCCUCAUUCACGUCGCUUGUCGUCCUUGCCGCCAUCGUCCAGGCUGCCCCCGCACCGAACUUCGUUCUUGACCAGAACGCCGCCGCACAGGCUACGGUCACCGUCACGGUGACCGCGACCCCACUCUGCUCUGCGAUCGCAGGGGCAUCGGGUCCGUUCGCGCCUGCUUCCGCCGCCAUCUCCGGUGCCGCCUCCGUUGCCGCGGGAGCCGCUGCCUCCGCUCGUCCCGUCCUCUCUGGCGCCGCCGCCUUUGCAGGCGGGGCUUUCUCCUCAUUGGCCCCAGUGCCCUCCGCUGCCGCGUCCGGCGCCGUUUCCGCCGUAUCGGCCGUCGUAUCCUCGUUGGCUGCGGCCCCGUCUGCAGCCAACAGUGCUGCUAGCCCCGCGGUGUCGGGCACGGCUGCGGCGACUGCGAACCUUGUCGCUGCGGCGGAGACGGGUACGACGCGUUUGGUCAGCGUCAUCAACCUCAUCCCGACAGUUCCGUUUGCGGCUGCUGGCAUGACCCCGGCGUUCCUGCAACAGACUCAGGCUCAGGUGCAAGCGCUCGUUGCCGCUCUCAACGCUAUCGCCACGUCCCCUACUCCGCUUAGCAGCGGACAAGUCGGUCAGGUGAACGGCUACCUGACCACGCUGCAGAAUAAUCUGGCCCGCGUGAUCACCUCGGGUACUACCGUUCCGACUGUAGUCAAGUCGGCGUUGCAGCCGCUGGGUCCUGCGCUCACUCGCGUCGCGCCUUCUCUGGGCGCUUCCACGUCCGCUACUGUGAUUGUCCAAUUGAUCGCUGCGUGGAGCAAGUGAGAGUGUCGGCUUUGUCGACUCAACUCACAACUCUGGGCAUGAGUCACUAAAGGAACAUUUUUUGUUGAUUUAAAUUACUCUGGCGUGUAUCGUUUGAUCGUGUUAACGGCGAAGCAAUUCAAUCUCCUGUAUCUUAUUCUCGAAGAAGUUAGACUCGUGGUACAACAAUCUUCGCAUAGUCUUAUCAGUCCAAUAUCUCGUCGGUGUUUUCGGACUCGCGCUCAGUUUGGCAGAACGUGAGUGGCCACUUGGCUCAGCUUGUUACCAGGACCGGGUCGUUACCC